AGGCAAGGACCGGAGGGGGGGUUUCAGGGCCGGCGCAACAAGCCAGCCGACACGUGCUAUGCCUUCUGGGUGGGCGGCACACUGAGGAUGCUGGGAGCAGACCACCUCAUUGACUUCCCAGCCCUCCGAAACUUCCUUUUUACCUGCCAGAACACCAGGUACGGAGGGUUCAGCAAGCACCCAGGGGGAUUCCCGGACAUCCUGCACUCUUUCUACGGGGUCUGUGGGUUCUGCCUUGCUGGGGAGCCGGGCCUGCUUCCCCUGCAUGUGCCUCUGGGUAUAUCCAAACAAGCAGCUGCAUGCUUCAACCAGAGAUAA